AACAAUUUAUACGUAGACCCUAAACAUGAUAAUACAGUUAAAGCCAUCUGAAAUCUUUCAUUCACAAGAUAGUAUAAGUUGCCGUUUUUCGAAAACAAAUACACUAAUUGGUGAAACCUUGGACGAUCUGUAUGAAGACAGGUUGUCUGUGUCAGAUAUAAAACGUAUAUCUGUAGCUCCAGUGAAUGGCAAAUGGUUUUCAUUGGACAACCGCCGACUUUGGGUAUUUCGUCAACUAGAGAAAAUAGGUAAAUGUCGUUACGUUACCGUUAAUGUUAAAAAGAAAAUUGAUGCCGCCAGACUUACAACAAAAUGUGGUGGGAAAGAAGUAUAUGUUAGGGGAUCUCCGGGUGGACACUGCUAUGGAUAUUUAGUAAACAAUCGGCAUUCGGUCGGCGCUGAACAACCAACCAGGAGAUCUACAGCUGAUUGGCCUUAUAGUGAUGAAGCUGAUGAAAUUGAGGGUAUAUUGUGCUCAGGUAUUAUACUCCGUCCGUUCGGCCCGAGUCUUCGUCGUACCAGUCCUUUACACCAUACGCUGUACCGGAACCAACAUCAACAAUUGGUGAAAGCUUAUGCAGGGUGGUUAAGAUAGGUCUUUCGCUAGCAGCAAUGUAUCUGUCAUGGGAAUCAAUAUAAUUAUAACAAAAGCUCUCUGAAUAUUCUUUUGUUAAAACAUUAAGAAUGUUUUACAAUUUUUUACAAAUACAUGUACCUGUUCUAUAUAUAAUCUAUUCAUGUCAUGUUUUAUUUUGUAAGUGUUUCUAUGUUGUUUCAUGUACAUGUGUUACUACAUAUAUAUCAUAUUUAUCAUCACAAGUAUUUUAAUUUUUAACAGUAAAUGAUUUUACCUUGGCUGUAUAAAUGAAUUAUCAAUAUCACAGAUGGAUUUUGUUU